AUGUCUUGUCUCACGGACGAUGCCACUGACGCGGUUCGUCACAUGAGUGAGAUGCAAGUUGCAGAUGAGUCGACGCUGCGGCUGAUGGAGCAUCUUUUUAACUGUCCCUCCGGCAGCGAGAUGUUGCAUUCGCUGCUCGACGGGAAACAGCAGGUUGUUGCUGUAACGCUGUUCAAAGCAACGCAAGCGGCUCAUUCCAAGAAACUUCUUGGCUUCAUCUUGCGCUUUUUCGCAGAUCUUGUGAUGUGUUGCAGCGUCGUGGGAGAGCAGCUUGGUGUGCCCUCAGCCGAGAAGUUGUUUGGGGAUGACCCAGCCAAAUGCUUUUUGUACUUUGUGACAACCCACCGAGGUGACCUUGGCGUGACGGACCCGGCUUUGUAUCUCGCCGCGACGGCGCUACGAUACGGUCAGAGGGAGAAGAAUGAGGAGGCCCUGCAGCGCUUUUUUGCUCAUGUCACCGAUGUGCUUUCGGCGGAGACGCUACAGGUGUCGGAUGUGGCCUUUGCGGUGCAGAGCUGUGCCAUUGUGGCCCGCACCAAGGCACUUCGUCGAUGCUUUUUUGAGUACAAGAUGGUGCAGUUUCUUCCGCGUCUCCUCUUUGACGUCGUAUCAAAUGACUCGGCCAGUAUCAUUCAACUUAUUUACGCGACAUUACUAAUGACCUGGCUGCUCUCGUACGAGUAUGAAGGUGUGGCGCAGCUGCAGCAGUACCAGAUGAUUCCACAUAUUCAUCGUGUCCUGCAGCGUCUGCAGAAGGAAAAAUGUCACCGAGUGGCGCUGAUGACGCUGUGGAAUAUGGUGUCAGCAGAGCGGCGGUAUAUCAACCACAUGUCGAACCCCUCUGCAACAGAGUGGGUAAGCAGCGAUAUUUGUGAUUUGCGUCGCGUCAAAGACGGUAAAGGGCCUGCCUUUAUUGCCGAAAUGGUUGGGGUAGGCAUGCUCAAGACACUUGGACAGCUUUCCCGCCGCAAGUUUGGCGAUGAGGAUAUCGGCAUUCUCGUCAAUGAGCUUAAGCAUGUGCUUGAGCACAGCAUGGAGAAACUCACAAGCUUUUCGGAGUAUCGGGGUGAGGUGCUUAGCGGAGAGCUGGAGUGGACACCGGUGCACACCAGCGUAAAGUUUUGGAAGGAGAAUGCCAGGCAGUUUGACAACAAUGACUACGAGGUGCUGGUGGCGCUGGGAAGAAUUAUUAUGACCACCCACCACGAUCUUACCCUUGCUGUGGCCUGCUACGAUCUUGGAGAGGUUGUCCGCCACCACCCGACCGGAAAGGCGCUGCUGCUUCUCCCCUGCAUGGAGGGUGUCAAAGGCCGCGUUAUGUCGCUCAUGUCACACGCGAACCCGGAGGUAGCCAAAAACGCUCUCCUUGCAGUGCAGAAGAUCAUGGUGCAGCGGUGGGAAUACAUUCAGGAGCAGCAGCAGCAGCAGCAGCAGCGAUAG